AUGGAGGCGCUCUACUUGCUCGCCUCCCUGGCCGCGACCCUCGCUACCUCCGCCUUCCACUCGCUCCUGCUCCUCCUCCGCCUCCUCGUCCGCUACCCUGGCCGCCCUGCCCCUGCUGCCCCAGCCGAUGGGCCCGCCGCGGCGGCGCGGCUCUACGAGGGCCGCGUCCGGCACUCGCGCAGGCGCCCGGCGGCGCACGCCUUCGAGUACCCCGCGCGCUACGCCCUCGUCGACCUCGACCGACUGCCGCUCCCCGGCCACCUCUCCGCCGACGAAGCCCGCCGCGUCGCUUCCACCUCCGGCCCCGUGCACCUCCUGACGAUACCCAAGAGCGUGGGGUACGAGCAGAACCCGCUGAGCAUUUACUACUGCUACGAUUCUGCAGGACGGGGACAAGAUGGAGAGCUCAGAGUGUGCAUUGCCGAGGUCACAAACACUCCCUGGGGAGAGAGGGUGAUGUUUACCUUCCAACCGGGCUCUGAUCUCGUCGCGAAGCCCUUGCAUGUCAGCCCCUUUAUGGAUAUGCUCAGCAACUGGAGUAUUCGUGCUGAUGCCCCUGGUGAUAGACUCUAUGUUGUUAUAUCAGUUCAGCAUCCGACACUUGGGGACUAUUUCACUGCAGCUUUGGAUGCUAAAUUGGUUGGACAGACAAGUAAUUCUCUGAGGCUGGCAACCUUCUUCUGGCUGAUGCCACACAAAGUUGCUGCAUGGAUAUACUGGGAGGCCCUCAGACUUUGGCUGAAGAACGUCAAGUUCCUAGACCAUCCCAGGUAUCUGAACCCGAGUUACAGGGAUGAAGCACUGGAGCACGAUCUCGAGCUCCGCACCUCCUGCAGCUACCUUCAGAGGCAGAAGGUGAACAACCAGAGAAGCAGAACCGCAGAAAAGACGGCUGGAACCCCGAACAAUGUAGGUGGCAAGGGCGACGAGAACAUCACGAAGAGGUGGUGCGUUUGGAGGGACGCUCAGUGGCCUUGGUCAUGA